GCCAAUAGUAUAUAAACCGCAACCAACUCUCCUGCACUCUGACAGUCAUUUGUAAGACUGUGCAUUCUUCGUCAUGACUGAGCCCAAGGGACCGUACCAUCUUGUCACCGUCAACACCGCUCCCGAGCGAGCCAAGCGACUUAUCGGACGCGUCGCUGAUGCCCUUAAGGACCGCUACACGAUUAUCCAUGUUGACAACUGCGAGAACAUUGAAGAAGUCCGUCCCAAGGUGACGCAGCACAUGCCCGAGGUUCUCUUCAGCGCCUCCAUGUGGUCGGACGAGCAGGCCCAAGAAAUUCAUCAGAUUGCCCGCGAGGUUAAUCCGAAUAUCAAGCUACACGCCCUGCCGCCGGGUUUACAGGUCGAGCGUGGUCCAGAUGCGGUGGUGGAGUACCUGUGUGAGAAGGUGCCUGUUCUCCUAGAGAACUAGACCGUGUUGCCGUCCCAUAUAUAGCCAAUAUAAUACAUCCUUGAUACAACAGUAUUGGGUCUGGACCCGAGGUCUCCUCUCCUCUCUCCGCCCGAGAAUAACCCAGAGAUGCG